GGUAUCUCGGUGUUAUAGAAUACAAGUGAAUAACAGGUCCCUCUGUCAGUGAGGUCGAAAGCCAAAACCUUUAAGUUGAACUGAUAAAAAAAAUAUCGUAAGAUAGAUGUGUAUUGAACAGGUUGUGAAGCGCGUCAUGCUUGGCCGAAGAAAAAGGAACUGUGUAACUUCAAUAGAGAAAAAAAAAGUGUGAUCCGUCACAAGGGGAUCCAUUUAAUCGGAAUAUUUAAAUUACCAGGCCAUUCGUCAUGUUAAAACCUACAGCUGAUCUCAAUGUCUCCGUUGAGCUGUGGGAGACGAAGGGUCGUUGGAAAAUGGAGACGAAUUUAACAGACGACCUGAAGGUGAGUCUGGGGACAGAGGACGCUGUCACCUUCACCGAUGGGGCGGGGAUACGACAGGUGUCCCUCCCCCGGACCGACUCCGAGGGGCACCUGCCUUUCUGUUAUAGAAAUGACUAUGCAGAAAACAUCUCUCCAAAAUUCAAUUUUAACAGACAGUAUUCGCUCCCAUUUCAAGACACAUUUAAACAGAAACAAGACGAUACUGAUUUUACACUGCCAAAACUUUUUGAACAGAAUUCUUCAGAAGAUUUAAGCAAACCUCCGACGGUCUUGCUCUCUAAGGCAGAAGCCAUCAUUGACUCAAAUUCCCCUACUCAGAUGGAUAUCAAGUGGUCGGUUGAGAACGCCCAACUCGGUGCCAAUAUUUUAUUCGACGUUGAAAUUAUGACAGGCACGGAAUGGGAAUUUCUGACUGAAAAAAGAAUACCGGUGAUACGGAUUUACAAAACUGACCAAUCGGUUUCUUUGUGCAAGGUAAAAUGGGAUCUGAACCGAGGUGACACCGUUUGGCAUGUCCGAGUUCGGCCACGUGACAGUGAUACGACUUAUGAUUGGAGCAGUUCUAUAAAAAUAGAAAUACAUGGUGCCAAAAUGGACACCAAUUUCAACCACAAUGAUAAAACUGGUUCGAUAUUGUACUGAUAUUUUUGUUUAUUAGACUUCAUAAAUAUAUGUCGUCAUCUCGUGCAAUUAAUUUCAACCAAUGUGAUAACAAUAACUCAUGCUCAAUGUCGUAAUUAAUAAUUUUGAAUUUAGUCAACUUUAUUUAUCAUAUUAAGUGUUUUGCGAUUUUAUAUUAAAUUAUUGUUUACAUGUUCGUUACGUAUAUAAAGAGAAACUCAUGCUUCGGUGCACGACCUAGCCUCGUGUUUGAAAGCAUUGUACAUGACUGUUCGUAAGUCCCCGGUACCUACAAUGUGCUCUUACCGGGGAUAUAUCAUUAUCACUGUACCUGUUUAAAAGAUUUUUUUCUGAAUUAUAGAUGUGUUUUAUAGGCUGUGAUAUGUAUGUACAUGUAUAUGUCAUUUUAAAGGCAUCAGUGGUGUUGAUGUUGGGUUUUACAUAUUUUGCUUCUGGCGACAAGAUUUACUAUUUAUAUAUACAUGUACAUUUUUGAAGCGCACACCGAUCCGUGCAGUAUGUCCAUUGCAUCAAUUGUUGAUGAUGACAAUGUAUUAAGGGCUAAAUGCAUUGCAUGCAUGAUUGUGCCGCUACAGUUUGUCGUUUCACAUUCACCUUAAUACAGCCGAUAUUAUCCAUAAUUUCUUGCUAUGGAAUGAAACGGUUUUUAUCGAUGACUCCAUAUCAACCAACGCCUUUCCUGUGAAUUUAUGAAAGCCGCUUUCCACUUUAUAUAGUGUUGAAAUUUUCUUUUUUAAGUUAUCUAGCUUGGUUGUUCUUCCGUUCUUUACUAAAAUUUAUUUAGAACUAAGUCCGGUCAGUCAUUAUAAAUGUAUACCAGGUUCUAUUUCGUUCAUAGAUGUGCACAUGCAUUACCCACAAAGCGGAUUUAAGUUCUGAUCUAGUAUACAUAGCCUGAGCAUGUUACAUUUGUAUAUUAUAUUUCCCCUUUAUUGGUUUUUAUAAAACCUUUAACCUUGUGAUUGCUCGCUACAAGAUGUGGUUGAUACUCAAUAUACUCCAGAUUUAUUGUGUUUUAGAGUGCAUGCACGACAUUAUGCAUAUGAAUGCCGUUAUAUUGAUUGUAACGAUGAACGGUAAUAAAAGUUAUAUGUAUCUGAGAUUAAUAAAAGUAUUGAU